UCGGGACAGUCAGGCUCAUCAGUAACUGCGCAUGUGUGCAGCUCGUGUGACGUAACACGCGCCGUUCCACGUCAUCACGCACGGAGCUGCGGCGGGGCGGAAAACAGAUGCGAGGCGGGAUCGGAGCGGACCGUGAGCGGCAGGGACGGCUCAAAGGAACUCGGUACCGGCACCGGGAUCCAGCUCAGAUAAGAGCUCAGCCAUGCUUCACGGGGAGGACAGCUGUGCGGCAGUAGAAGAUGGCGGUGAGGAGGACCAGCACCGGCCUCUCAUCCUGGAAAGGAUUGAGAAGGAAACGGGAAGAACCUGGAGAACGGUUUUGUCGCAGCGGCUUAGGAAGCACUGCUCCUGCACGCCAGAGAAGGCCAAAUCCAGAAUCCUCAGCUUCUUCCCGGUUCUCCAGUGGCUGCCGCGCUACAAGCUCAGGGACUGGAUCCUGGGGGAUGCAAUGUCAGGAGUGAUUGUUGGAAUCCUAUUGGUUCCCCAGUCCAUAGCCUACUCCUUAUUGGCUAACCAGGAUCCCAUAUAUGGCCUGUACACGUCUUUCUUCGCUUCCAUCAUCUACGCCCUCCUGGGCACUUCCAGGCACAUCUCAGUGGGGAUUUUCGGAGUGCUCUGUCUGCUCAUUGGCCAGGUGGUGGACAGGGAGUUGGCCCUGGCGGGAUACCUCCCGGAGAGCAGCCUGAGUGGGAAUGACAGCAGUGUCCCGUUGGCUGGGAAUGACAGUGGCGUGGUGGGAUGUGACCAGAGCUGCUACGCGAUUGCCGUGGGGGCCACAGUUACCUUUACUGCCGGGAUUUACCAGGUGCUAAUGGGCCUUCUGCAGGUGGGCUUUGUGUCCGUCUACCUGUCGGACUCCCUCCUCAGCGGCUUCGCUACAGGAGCCUCCCUCACCAUCCUGACGUCUCAGAUCAAGUACCUGCUGGGCCUGAAGAUCCCACGUCCUCAGGGCUGGUUCACUCUGUUUAAGACGUGGUAUGGCCUGCUGAGCAAUCUCGGGAACACCAAUGUGUGUGAUCUCAUCACCAGUCUGGUGUGUUUGGCGGUACUCAUACCUACGAAGGAGCUCAAUGACCGCUUCAAGUCCAAGCUGAAGGCUCCGAUCCCAUUCGAGCUCUUUGUGGUGAUAAUUGCCACGCUCGCAUCUCACUUUGGCCAUUUCAACGCCAAAUACGGGUCGGGCGUGGCUGGGGUCAUCCCCACAGGCUUCCUCCCUCCUCAAAUGCCCAUGUGGUCUCUGAUCCCCAAUGUGGCUGUCGAUGCCUUUUCCAUUGCCAUCGUGGGAUUCGCUAUCACCGUCUCACUGUCGGAGAUGUUCGCCAAGAAGCACGGCUACACGGUGGACGCCAACCAGGAGAUGUAUGCCAUCGGGUUCUGCAAUAUCCUGCCGUCGUUCUUCCACUGCUUCACCAGCAGCGCCGCGCUGACCAAAACCCUCGUCAAGGAGUCAACCGGGUGCCAGACGCAGCUGUCAGGGCUGAUCAGCGCUCUCCUCCUGCUGCUGGUGCUUCUGGUGAUCGCGCCGCUCUUCUAUUCCCUCCAGAAGUGUGUUCUUGCCGCCAUCAUCGUGGUAAACCUCCGUGGUGCUCUUCGAAAAUUCACCGACAUUCCCUGCAUGUGGCGUGCCAACCACAUCGAUGCCUUCAUCUGGCUGAUCACCAUGGCAACCUCAGCGCUGGUCAACACAGAGCUGGGGCUCCUUGUGGGGGUUUUGGUGUCGGCUUUCUGUGUCCUGGGCAGAACUCAGCGGGUCCAGGUCCUGGAGCUCGGCCGGGCUAUGACCAGGGAGCAUUACGAAGAUCUGGCGUCCUACAAAGGCCUCCAAACCCACCCCGACGUGGCCAUCUUUAGAUACGAAGCGCCAAUCUACUACGCUAACCAGAACCUGUUUAAAAAGUCUCUGUACAGGUGUGUAGGACUUGACCCUGUGAAGGAGAAGAGCCGCCGUGUCAAGUUCCAGAACAGCAAACGACAGGAAGAGGCAGCCGGAGUCCCGACAAGCAACUCUGACGAGAAAGAGGCCGAAGCGCCUCCAGCUGUCACCCUGAUGAUGAACACAGCCUCCCGUCAGUUACGCAGGGUAGUGAUCGACUGCAGCGCUGUCUUGUUCCUGGACACUGCUGGAGUAAAUGCUCUAAAGGAGGUCCGCAAGGAUUACGGAGAGCUGGGGGUGGUGGUGGAGUUGGCUCAGUGCAACACCUCCGUGCUGGACACGCUGGAACGAGGAGGAUACUACAGCAACCAAAAAGGAGGCAACGCAGGAGAGAACCGCACGAUCUUCUUCACUAUCGAAGAUGCCGUCCUCCACGUCCAAAGCCCCAGCACUCCUAACGGAGACUGUGAUAAGUCCUAAAGAGACAACACGUCUAUGUUUACAUGUCUACAGCGUGUGGCUGCACAGAUGUGCCUUUGUAAUGGUUUUCUGAAGUCCUACCUUCACCUCAGGUUUCUACAUCCAGACAGGUGAUGAAUCACCACAGUGUGAACGUCCACGUACCGAUAACUCACUGUAUAACAAGAACCAGCCACCCACAAGGAAAGAAUACCCCGACCCUACCUGACAGCUUGAGUCCAUGUCUAAGGCAGACUCAGCAAGUUUACAUCUGCACAGUACAAGUGCUGCACUGUGUGAAAUAUGUUUAUUCUGCACAGUACAAGUACUGCACUCUGUGUACAAGUACGGCACAGUGUAAAAUAUGUAUUUCAUACUGCACCGUGUGAAAUAUGUUUUAUACUGCACUUUGUGAAAUAUGUUUCAUAAUGCACAGUACUGCACAGUGAGUACAAGUACUGCACAGUGUGAAAUUUGUUUCAUACUGCACAGUACAAGUACUACACAGUGUGUACAAGUACUGCACAAUGUGAUAUAUGUUUUUUAUACUGCACAGUACAAGUAUUGCACUCUGUGUACAAGUACUGCACAGUGUGAAAUUUGUUUCAUACUGCACAGUACAAGUACUACACAGUGUGUACAAGUACUGCGCAAUGUGAUAUAUGUUUUUUAUACUGCACAGUACAAGUAUUGCACUCUGUGUACAAGUACUGCACAGUGUGAAAUUUGUUUCAUACUGCACAGUACAAGUACUACACAGUGUGUACAAGUACUGCACCAUGUGAAAUGUGUGUUUUAUUCUGCACAGUACAAGUACUGCAAAGUAUAAUAUAUGCGUUUCAUACUGCACAGUACAAGUACUGCACAGUGUAAAAUAUGUUUCAUAAUGCACAGUCCUGCACAGUGAGUACAAGUACUGCACAGUGUAAAAUAUGUUUCAUAAUGCACAGUCCUGCACAGUGUGUACAAGUACUGCACCGUUUGAAAUAUGUGUUUCAUACUGCGCAGUGUGAGACUGGUCAUGCCCUAAUGUUGUUUAUAGAGGCCAGAGCCGUAUUCUGACUUAAUUUUUAGAUACCGAGUCAGAACGAUGAGUGUGCACGUGCACACGUUCAGGAUGACGACUGGGGUUAGAAUUUAAAUCAGGUGUAAAUCAUUUAGUGUUUUUGUUUUUUAAGGUCUAAACUGGAUUUUUUGCCACAAUCAAAAAGGAACAUAAUCGUCUGCUGUUUGGUGUUUGGGUCCAUCAGUCCAAUCAUGACUGACGCCUCAGGGCAGGAAGUUUAAAAUACGUGUAGAAAAAAGCAGCACCUCUACUGCUCUGAGGAGAGACCUCAGAGGUAUCUAAAUGAGUUCUUGCUUUAGAUCAGAGCCCUGCUGGAUAAAAACAUACAUUCUUCAUACGUGCUUAAUAAGAAGCAGCCACCCUGUGCCUGAACAUGAAUGUACGUGCAGUGACCCGAGGAAGCAUUUUUCUGUUAGCACUGAUGUAGGUGCAGGUGUAUGCAUGUGCUUCCAGAUCCUCUGACAGACGAAUAUUCCUCCGGUGAGGAUUAGAGACUCUUCCUGUUUAACUGUUAGCCGCAGUCACAUGACCUUGGCCUGUGCCUUCUUUCUGUGAGUCGGGUAAUGAAUGACCCCCCCCCCGCAGACAGGGGCUUUGAUGUGGUUUCUGUAGCUUUAACGAAACCUGCCUCAAUAAACUUGGUAGCAUUAUUAUUCAUAGAGCACUUAAUUAUUAGAAAGCCUGAAGUUGGUUCUUAAGCAGAUGUAUUCUAGUUUUUUAUUAUGAGAAAUGUAUACGUAUACAUGAUUCCGAAUAUGUGCCUAAAGCUUAUGCACUAAAAUUUUUUUGAAUGAAUUUUACUGUAAAGCAGCACAAUCCUGACAGCAGUUUUACUGUUUGCACUUUUCAAAGCUGUUUUAUUAUCUUAAAUAUCCAAACAGUUUAUCCUGGACGCCGCCACGGCCCCCACGCUCCAUCCUGCUUCCAUCUCAAAGGGCUCACUCAUGAUAAUCGGAUAAUCAAGCGGCUUAUCUCAGCUGAGACCAAAAAGGUUUUUUUGCUCUUGACCUUUGAACCCUGCUUUGUUUAAUGUGUGUUCACAGCACCAACGUAAAGUUUUAUUGCUUGAACCUUUUAAGUAGCUGAUCAGGGUAAGAAUAGAAGUUUGCUCUCAAUGCAAAAGUGUUGCUGAAAUGGAGCGUGCUGAUAUGCAGUGAUGGACUAUUUUAAACUGGGAAAAUCUUUGCAGAGUUGUUUUUAUACUGGGUGUAUGUGACAGGAUGUGGUGUUUCCAGCCUCUGUCCUUGCUGAUUUAAAGCAGUAGUGGUUUAUAUUUUAUAGCUGUUUUUACAGAGAAAAUCAAAAAGAAUUAUGGAUGAGUUUUGCUGCAGAGCUGUUAAAGUUGAUUACACAGCCGUUGAUGGAAGUGAAUAUGCUCGGUGACGUGAGUUUCACGUCGUUCUCCCUGAAUGCUCACCCGAGCUGCUAAACACACGCAGUGCUUUUAGAGAACAAAGUCCUCGCUUCAGUAUCUAAAUGUAAAACAGAAAAACAUGACGUAAGCUCCCAUUUAUUCUAGUCAGCUUAUUUAACUUUAUCGUGUAUCCUGGUAUCAGAUUGAAGCGGUGUUUUACUGGAAAAUAAAAUCCUGUCUGAUUCCUC